GGGAUUUCUUCCUCCUCUUGCUCUCUCGGUUUCCUCUGGCUGGCGUGCAGAACUGAAGCGUGCUUCUCUGGACUUAUCGACCACCGAAUUCUCAGGCUGAUGAGACACUUUGACAGCCCUUUUUUCUUAGCUUUCUUGCAACUUACUGAGUAACCUGCGAAACAUCCCUGCUGUGCAGAGCUGAUGGACCUUUAUUUAGACAUCUUUGUAAUGCACGCAGAUGAGUCGCCCUUGCUCUCGCAUGCCAGCUGAUGAGAAAUGCAUCGCUCCUGCACACUAUCCCUGCUCGUCUGACUUUUUGAAAGCGCGGCGGAUGCUGGGAAUGUCUCUCGAUCAGUUUGCAUGAGGAAUGGCGAGCAGAUCGCAGCAAGUUCGCGCGCGCUUAUCUCCACGUUUGCACCUGUUCGGAUGGAUAUUGACAGCUUACGCUACAGGUGAAUGAAUAUCAGCGAGUAUUCACUUAACAGGGAGUGAUCUUGAGCUGUUUUCUACUCAGAGUGAUCUUGUUGCACAGCUACAAUGGAUCUCAAAGUAGAGCCAGAAGAAAUGGACACGAAUCAGCCUCCACCCAUAGAAGUUUUCGCGCACAGCUCGACUCUGCACGGAAUCUCUCACAUUUUUACGUACGAGCGCUUCUGUGUCAAGCGCUGCCUCUGGGUCGUGUUUUUCCUGGGCUCCCUGACCUUCUUGGUGUUCGUGUGCGUGGACCGGAUCCACUUUUACCUUGAGUACCCGCACGUCACCAAACUGGAUGAGGUUACGACCCCGGUCAUGACGUUUCCCGCGGUCACUUUCUGCAACCUGAACGCCUUCCGCUUCAGCCGGUUGACGCGGAACGACCUGUACCACGCAGGAGAGCUGCUGGCCCUGCUCAACCAGAGGUAUGAGAUCAGGGACAUGCAUCUUGUGGAGGAGAGCGUUCUGGAGAGCCUGAAGGUCAAAGCUGACUUUCAUAAUUUCAAGCCGAGACCUUUUAACAUGAGGGAAUUCUACGACCGAACUGGUCAUGACAUCAACGACAUGCUGCUGUCCUGCCACUUCCACGGCACAGAGUGCAGACCGGAGGACUUCAAAGUGGUCUUCACUCGAUAUGGGAAGUGUUACACAUUUAACGCCGGCGGUGAUGGACGCCCUCCACUCAUCACCACCAAGGGAGGUAUGGGUAAUGGCCUGGAGCUCAUGUUGGACAUUCAGCAGGAUGAAUACCUGCCUGUCUGGGGAGAAACAGAUGAGACGUCUUUUGAAGCUGGAGUCAAAGUUCAGAUCCACAGUCAGGACGAGCCAUCCUUUAUUGACCAGCUCGGGUUUGGAGUGGCUCCAGGGUUUCAGACUUUCGUUUCCUGCCAGGAACAGAGGCUGAUUUAUCUCCCCCCUCCCUGGGGAGACUGUAAGGUGACAGCGAUGGAGUCUGAUUUCUUUGAUAGUUACAGCAUCACAGCGUGUCGCAUCGACUGUGAAACUCGCUACCUGGUGGACAACUGCAACUGUCGCAUGGUGUACAUGCCUGGAGAUGCACCGUACUGCACCCCAGAGCUGUACAAAGAAUGUGCUGACCCAGCUCUGGAUUUCCUGGUGGAGAUAGACAAUGACUUCUGUGUGUGUGAGACGCCGUGCAACAUGACCAGAUACAGUAAAGAGCUGUCCUUCGUCAAGAUCCCCAGCAAGGCCUCGGCUAAAUAUCUUGCAAAGAAGUACAACAAAUCAGAGCAGUAUAUCAAGGAGAAUCUUCUGGUUUUAGACAUCUUCUUUGAGGCUCUCAACUACGAAACAAUCGAACAGAAGAAGGCUUAUGAGGUGGCUGGACUUUUAGGUGAUAUCGGUGGACAGAUGGGGCUUUUUAUUGGUGCAAGCAUACUCACUAUUCUGGAGCUGUUUGACUACAUUUAUGAGGUGUUAAAGUACAAGUUGUGCCGCUGCUCUGAUAGGCGGCAACAGCAUGACAACAGCAACGACCAGGGCACGGUGCUGAGCUUAGACGACGUCAAGUGUCACGUCAGUAACUUUCAUUGAACUUCUGCAGCUGUAAGGUGGGAAACACAACCCUCUCUUGAGCAGCUUUGUGGACUCUGUUCAUUGCAGAGCUUUAAGACUUGCAGAAGCAACAGAUCAAAUGCCUGACCUUUGCCCGUGGGUAAGUUAUUGAACAACGAGGUGAAUUCAGCACGUGGCUGAGGCCAGGAGAAGCCACACAAAAAGCAGGACAGCAGAAACCAGUGAUCAACGUGGCAUAAUGUAUUCAAAAUAUGUCAGAAUAAGUGCAUGGUCAUCUUUAAAACAGCUUCAUGACAGUAACAGAUACAGUAAAAGAGGGCCUAAACUACCAGGGGGUUCAGUUAGUGUUUAUUAUUCCAGCUGUGUGAUUUGUGUUUAUUAUCUGGGCUAAACUUUCUUCAAAAUGUCCUGUCAAAUUUGCAUUUUACUUAAAAUAUUUUCAUUUUUGGUGUUUCUUUUGGGAAAUUUGCAUGUGAACACUGCAGAUUAUUUUUCCUUCAUUUUCACUCUUUUCAUUUUUGAUUUACAAGAAGUCUGACUUACCCAAAUAUCAUCCUCUACAGUCUUCCCUGAGCAUUUGCCAACAUACACAGUACUACCUCAUCUUUACAGGAGGACAGCGCUCUGAAGAGUCCUCAGGCCGAGCCAAUUAGUGAUGAAAAGGUCAUUUCCAUGUAUAGAAAUGAACCUAGCAGGUUGAAAAGAACCCACCUUACAUCUCCUGAUGAGUCCCUGUAGAAGCAGCACAGGUGUAAAAUAUAAUUAAUGAUAGCUGAACUUCUUUUAGCAGAUGGGAACACUUGAACACAGCAGAAGAGCUUUGUCUGAUGUUCUUAAUUAAAUCUGUGUAAUUAUAAAGCAAUGUUCAUCAAAAUCAACUAACAUAAGUUACAGAGAGUCACUCAUUAUACCAGGUAAGGCUGAAGAGGCAAAAAUCCCUGAGUCUGUGGUGUUAGAUUGAGCUUCGUCACACUUUAAGGACCAUCUGGCAGCAUAUGCAAAUAUUAUUACCACCUCUAUAUCAGCCUGUAUAAUAAGAAGCUACAACCUGCAAGCAGUUAGUGUAGCAUAGCCUAUAUAAUCAGUACACAAGCCUUUAUGUGAAAAGGCACUUCGGCAGUGAUGACAUGGCUCCAAAAAUCUGCACCCUUCCAAAGAAAUAUCCAUCACUGAUGCUGUCCUGAAAAGUGCAGUUUGGUCCACCAUGGAUAAAUUGCUAGCAAACAUGCGACAACUCCAACAAUCUGUGUUUUUACAAAAUUAUACUUAACAAGAACGGAGCAUUCAUUUUGACCAUUCUUUGAGCUAUUGAGCUUUCCCUGAUAACACAAAUGUUUCUAUCUUUUACUCUAUCUUACCUUUUUGACAGAGCUAAAUUAGCUGUUUUUAGCCUUUAUGCUAAGCUACGCUAACUGCUGGUAAUAUUAAGGCCCUUGCACACAGAGUCAGUUUUCUUCGUCCAAAUUUUUCGCACGUUGAAAAAGGAAAAUUGAGCUCAUGUUGUUCUAAUCAAGUUUGCACACUGACACCGAAAUUUUUGUCUGUCAUAUUUUUUUCGGAACAGGCAUGAUUUUAUGCGAAAUUUCGCAUCAGUCCAAGUCAUUUAAAUGGAUGAAUGAUUAUUUAGAUCAGCACCUGUUGCUUUAUUUUCUCUCGUUCGCUCACUCCUGCCCAACUCCUCCUUCUCACACUGAAACCUCACUUCAAACACUGUAGUUUGCAGGUGUGUAAUGUAGAUAUCAACCAUGGAAAUAUAACAGAUAAAGGCAGAAGUCUGUAGCCUACUCAGAGGUCAGAACAGAGACACAAUUAAAAAGUCUUUCUCCAUCUCUCCAACUUGGCUCAGCACUCUCAGCAUUUUCACAGUGAAGGCGAAAAAAUGCAUCGGACCCAGUGUGCAAGGUCCAAGUGCGUGACUUUUUUCAGAUUACAGAUCAGAAAAAAACGCACCUGAAAAUAACGGACCCAGUGUGUAAAGACCUUUACUUGAUAUGAGUGGUACCAAUUUUCUCGCCUGACGUAUGACACAAAAUGUCAAGUGUUUAAAGGUGUAAUAAGUGACUUUUCAGAAAUGUCCAGCUCUAGUGUCUCAGACCAAAACAAACCUCACGACCCUCCCUCCCUCAGUGUUCUGACCAAUGCAGCUGAUCUCCAUUCACAUGUGCAACCCACAAAACUAUUUUUUACCAAUCAAAAUCUUUCCUUCAAUUUCAGAGGUUGGUUCCUUGAGUUAUACUCUUACAACAAGACUCUGACAUUACAUACAGCAUCCCUUAGUGGGCAGGGCCAUCGCUCCUCCCUUAUGUUGUGGCAUGGCUUACAGUUAGAGAGGGAGCAAUUCACUUCAAAAACACAUUUCAAACAUGUUUGAGCCUCUGAAUAAAACAUAAACUGAAAGAAGGGUCAUCCUGUUGAUGUAAACAUAGAGCUGACAACAACAAACCCAGAAGGAUUCACUUUUAUUCAGAAAUUCAUAAAUUAACAGUAUAUUUCAUUUGAUAUCUAUAAUGUUUAAAUGUUGCAUAUUAUACCUUUAAACGAGCUAAGUAUUAGGGUCUGGACUAGACCACAUGAGCUAAAACAUCUGUGCAUAGAUACAGCCACAAAGCUCCUCUCAGAUAAACCCUAAUGAGAGCAAAACAAGCUCUUUUCCAUGUCAAUAGGUGCUACAUGCUAUAAUUUGCCUUUUAAUGACAAUCACUUUCAACUGUAGCUCUGUUUCCAGGCAACAAAACAAACUUUAAAGGAAGUUAUGGAACUGCAUUUAUUAUUAAAUUAGGCUAUAUAUAGAUGCUGUUCAUCAUAUUAAAGGGAAUUUCUUUAUUUUGCUGUUAACAUGUCAAUAAAAUGAUGAAGUAUACUGAAUGUUUUUUGCCAUCUUCUAGGGCUCUUAGUUGCAUGUAGCACUUGUACAGUAGAUGUCUCCUGUGUGGUCCAACAGUUAAUCCUCACAUCAGUCUGUGGUUUGUCUCAUCAUGUGUCUGUGUGUUCAUUUGUCUAUUAUCGGCAUGUAUUUAUUUUUUCUGUGUAAACAAUAUGAUUGGCAAUUUGAAAAAGCAGCCCUCAUGUCUAGAAUACUGUAUCUGUUAUAAGCUGUAAACAUGUCAUGUGCAUGUUAAAGGUUUUGUCUGAUGCUGUUUACAAAAAUCAAACCAUUUUAUCAUUUUCCAUUUGGAUGAUCAGCUCAUUUUCAAUCUUAUUCCCAACUGGCCAGUAGUUGUGUUGUGUUAUUAUCAAGCACAAUCUUACUUUUAAAUGUAAUUUAUUGUACAUAAUAAUAAAAAAACUAUUGAUAAUGAUGUUAUUGUAUUAGAGGCUGAUCUGUCUAAUGUUGUAAAUUCAUUUAUUUUAGAUUAGCUGUGUAUCCAAACUUCACCUUUCUGUACAUAUGAGAAUACUGAUCAAAGAUGCUAUUAAAGUAUGACGCUAUUUCUUACGUACUUAUAAUGUAAAUAUCAUUACAUCAGGAUGAACAGACAGGUUGUCAUUUUCAGGUCUCCACUGCAUGAGGUCAGAUUUAUGAGAGUUCAAGGGUUCUCCAGCCGCCAUGCUUUUAGCUUUUAGUUUUGCCUCCAUUCUUAAUUUUUCAUCGCUAAUAUGACAGGAUGUUUAUUUAAGUCUGGUGAUGUAGGCCUGUAGAUACAUACUGAACUUGAAGCAUUUGUAAUAUUAAAGAUAAAAUGCUACCUUUACAUGUUUUUAUUCAGUUUAAUGUGUUCUGUGUCCUCAUUUAUACUCUAGGUUUAGGAAAAGGGGGGGAGGGAAACAAUCAUAAAGCAUGGUUUCAUGGGGAAACCUUCACUGUAUUUUAUAAAGAUUUCCGUUUGCUCUCCAUUUAUGGUCAUUUGAGCCGUGUGGCUCCGCUUUCUAUUUAACAGAUAUUGCUUUAAUGUUUGGACUUCAGUAAAAUGUUUCAACAAAUACUUGAUGGAUU